AUGUCAACAACAUUUCCACUUCAGUUGCUAAUAGUUCUACAAAAAAGAGAAAACUCUUUAAUACCAUUGGAUUAUUUUGGUUACGAGAAUUUCAGCAAGAACAUAACAAAAAGUUUAAAGAAGAGUGGGGUAAACAAUUUAAGGCAAAAAAUACCAUUUCAAUUAGUAUUCACCCUAAAGCUAUAA